CUUGAUGUUCACGUGGGCAGAUUUCAAUCAAUUUUUUUAAACUCACAAACUCGACAAAGCCAUUCUCUGAGGCAAAUCUAAGGGGAAAUGGCUUUAACUGCAAAGCUGGUAGGAAUGUGAAUAUUUGUCUAGGGUCUUAGCAUCCUACCCAGGAUUCAAAGCUUUUGCUCUACCAGAAGUUAAACACUCAUAACUUGCACACUGCUGUAGCCUGCAGGAACCCAUCUCUUGGAACAUAACGCUUCAACGCAGACGUGGUACUCAGCUCCACUGAUUCACUCAAAAGUAUAGGAUGUCAGUGAGGCAGUAAUACACGUGUGUGUACAUUAUCAUAGCUGUAGGUAGAGCUGCAGUAUCAUUUUUAGCAGAAAAGUUUUGAAUAUAGUGCCUUCAGUUGGUUGAUUUGCUGUAGCUGCUUCGUGAAGGCUCCUGAAAGCGAGACUCUCGCUCCUCUGAACUUGUUUGAGCUGCAGGGGGUUCGCCGUCGGCUGUUAUUCCAGCGUAAGGUUUGCAGUUUGACUCCGCUCACAAGGGAAGCAGCAUGUCUCGCUCAGACGAGGUCAACAAGAUGACUGAAAAUAUCUACAAGGUAUUUUUGUGAGACUAAUGUGAUAGAGCAUUUUUGUAGUUCCAACAGAUGAUGAUGAUGGUUGUUGUUGCUGUUGUUAGUAGUAGUAGUAGCAGUGGUAGUAGUAGUUGUAUUAGCAGUAGUAGUAGUAGUAGUAGUAGUAUAUAACUUAAUUAUUAGCUUACAGCUAAUAUUUUCAGAUAGUAAGAUAAUAGAACAAUUAUACGACUGUUACUCUUAACAAAAAUAAAGGCAUUAAAACAGGAUUUAAAAUAGUCGCAUUAAAAUGCUUGUACAGAGUUGAGUAAGAGAACCUAAACUAUGAAUUUCUCAAUCUACAUAUUUCAGGGGAUCCUGGACCAAUUCAACCCCAGUUUGAAGAGUUUUGUCACAUCAGGGAAGCUCUAUGAAAAAGCCUUGACAGGAGUUAUGGUGGCAGCCAAGGGGUACUUUAAUGCUAUGGUAAAACUGGGAGAACUGGCCAGUGACAGCCAGGGGGCCAAAGAGUUAGGUGACACCUUGUUUCAAAUGGCUGAAAUACACAGGCAGAUUCAAGUGGAACUGGAGGACACGUUAAAGCGGUUCCAUUCUGAACUCCUCUCUCAGCUGGAGCACAAACUGGAGCUGGACAACAAAUACCUGACAGCCACUCUGAAGAACUACCAGAGCGAACGCAGGGCCAGGACGGACUCCAUCGAGCACUGUCAGUCUCAGCUUAAGAAGCUGCGACGGAAGUGCCAGGCCAGCCGCCACCCCAACAAGUACAGUGACCGGGAGAUGCAGCUUGUAGAGCUGAUGAGCCAACACCAGGGGGAGCUGGACGGUCUGGUGGCGGUGGGGUUCCGCACGGCCCUGACCGAGGAGAGGAGGCGGUACAGCUUCCUGGUGGACCGCCACUGCACGUCCACCAAGGUCUUCAUCAGCUACCACGGCAAGGUGAGGGAGCUGUUGUCCCAGAAGUUGUCCUCAUGGCAGCAGUCGUGCUCGCAGCCCACACGGCUCCCAGACCGUGCUCUCCAUCUGUUCCGGCACACGGCCCCUCAGGCCACCGGGGCUGCUGGGAUAGCGGAACUCCUCCGUCAGGCCAAGCUGGGAACAGCGCAGCCAUUGGAGCAGAGGCUGUCGGUCCAGGAAGUCCAGCCCCUGCUUAACGGCGACCCAAACCCCCGUACGCAACGUGCCCCGCCUUCCUCCCGGAGCGAAACUCCUCCUGCCCAGAACGACGCGAGUGCCCAGACCUCCCGCUCCCUCUACAUGCAGGCUAACCUCACGCCCCAGCACAUGCCACGCCACACCUGCACCAGCGCUAGCAACAGCAGCACCCGGGUCAACACCUCCACCACAUCAAGCCCCUUCCAAACCGCCUCGCUUACCCCCGGCGGCACCGCCUCUGGCGUCUCUCAUAUGGCACUUGUGUCUGCCACCGUGUCAGCUAGUUCCACAGGUUCAUCCUCCUCUCUGCAAGGUUCAUCUGCAUCCCAGAAUACCCCUCACAGCCCUUGUCUGUCCCAAGGCGAGUCUCUCUCCAGGGCUCAAACACCAGUGGCCCACCAGGAAGGUCUCAGCAGCUCUCCGCCUUCCCACAAUCCCAUGCUGAUGAAAGCGGCCGAGCUCUACGCUACCUCCACCUUGCCGCUGCCCCGGAGGCCCAUCAGUGAGGCGAGGCUGGGGCUUCUGGGAGGAACCCUGCCCAGAGUGCUGCCUGUCGCCCCUCCUACCCGGGUGGAGGCCCUCUUUCCGCACGUCCCUGGCGGGGGUGAGCUGGGCGGGGGCGGGCACGGGGGUACCUGCCUCCUCCACUUCCUUCCCGGGGACACCCUUGCACUCCUCAUCUCUGAGCCUCGAGACGGGUGGCACUACGGGCAGAACGAGAGAACAGGGAGGAGAGGCUGGUUCCCUUUCUCCUACACUCAGCCCUGCCCGGCGUCUGCAGGCCAGCACGACAGCAGCUCUCCCUUGCUCUCCAAAGUGAACAGUGCCAGCACUGGGUACCUGGACAAGCUUGGAUUUCCCCGAAUGCGCCAGCUCAGUGCAGAGACGGGGGAGGACCGCUCCACCUCUCCUCUCCGCCGCAGCCGUUUCCACUCCCGCCCCUACAGCGUGGCCGCGCCUGACACUGCCCAGGUAAGACAAUGCUGGGGUACGAACAGAAAAAGUCUCCCUCAAAAGAGAGGGUCAAUCAGCAGGAGAUGCCUAAGCCGUAGAUCCAUCCAUUAUCUAUCAAUUAUCUAUACCCGCUUAUCCUGGGCAGGGUCGCGGGGGGUGUUGGAGCCUAUCCCAGCAUGCAUUGGGCGAGAGGCAGGAUUACACCCUGGACAAGCCGGCAAUAUAUCACAGGGCACACACACCAUACACUCACACACUCAUACCUUUAUUAUAAUAAGGGAAUAUAUUUUGGAAUGGAAUCCCUUCGCAGAUUCUUCUUUUCCUCCACCCUCCCCCACCAGGACAAAUCCAUUUGCCCAUGUUCACCUCAGAAAGGCAGUGACCAAUGACCGCUCUGCUCCCGUCAUCCAAUAGGAGCGCUGCCAUAGUAAGCAUGACUGAUGAAAGAACAGUAUUUGUCUUAGAUGCAUUACUGUUGAUUCAGAUCUGUACGGGGCAGUCCAUUAAUCAAAGACAUCAAGUUUUUUUUCUUUUUGCUGUUCUUGUUGGGGAGGUUUGCCUUUCGGUUUACACAUUUAGAUCAGAAGAAGGUGUCUUGGGUUCACAAGAUAGCAGUGAAUUUAUUCCACAACCCUUGUCAGUCCCACCCUACCCUCAAAGAUUGUGUUCCAUAUUCCAUUGCUAUGUCGCUCCAUUAAUCAUAUAGUUGCUUUGCAGUAAUAUGAUGUGUUAUUUCAAGUUUAACAGUGUUCGUGGCGUCCGAAAGGGAUCAAAUGCACUAUUGUAGCUGAUUUAACUAAACGUUUUUACUUUAUGUCAAGACCCUAUAUGUCUUAUUGAUUAAUUGGCGACGUGAAUGAAGGAAAAAUCAUUUUCUCAAAUGGCAAAUACACAACUGAGGAAAAAAUAUAUAUUGAGCUGCUAUUAGUUUUAAGUUAAAUGACAGCUUUUUAAUUUAGUGCGUGAUGAGUGCUAACAGACAACAACGAAUGAGAGAGAGAGAGACCCCGGGACUCAGGAAUCAUGGAAUUAUUAGACGGAUACGGAAUGCCCAAUUCUGUGGGUGGGAAAGACAAGGAAGAAACCCAGGCAGGCAUAAUGUUGGCAGGAUUAAAAGAGAACAGCUGGGAAUGUGUUUAAAAUUUUAUAGCCUAACAGGGCUGCUAGGCAGCCCAAAAGUGCACUGAGCAAACAAACUAACAAACCAAAUAUUUAACUUUAUCUAAAGAGCACUAACUGAACAUCAGAAUAAAAGGACUCCAUAUAGUCCAUGCGGAAAAUAAUAAUCGUGCUGCUGGAAAGCAAAGAUAACCAGAUCCACAUAUCAACCCCCUUCCCCCACACCCCCAACAAGGGCCUAUGAGUUGGGGCCUUCACAAGGAGUAGACCCACUGCUGAGGGUAUAAACAACAGCUGCUGAGAUUACACGAGUAAGGAGAGGGCAGUGUAUUCUUCGUCUUCUUCUUAUUCUUCUUCUUCUUCUUCUUAUUAUUAUUAUAAUUAAAAAACACAUUACAUGUAGUUUAUUGAUAAUCAUUAUGAAAUGACUUUAUUAUUUUCCUAAGAUUAAAUAAAAAUGUAUCAUCAUGUAGGCCUUGUACAAUGAUGAUAAUUUUUAUCAUCAUCAGCAUUGGUUUGUGAUUUUUUGUGGAAAUUCAGGGGCAUGAAGCAAGCUAAUAUCAAUAAUUAGCAAUGUGAAUACAGUAAGCAUACAAUAUAAAUAUAUUACAUAAUUUAUUAUAAUGCCAGUUCUACCGCUAAUGGAUCAUGUUUUUAUCUUUGAAAUCACAUUUGCAAGUUUUGUGUCUUCAUUUAGGUUUUCUGGGUUCCCCUGUUCUUAAAAAGAAA